UCCAUGGAAAUGAGUGAACCCAUCACAAAACCUUAAACAUUCAUCGCACUCAGCUAAAGAGAAGAUUAAGAUAUGGCGGAGGAAAACAGAGUAGUGCUUUACGGAAUGUGGGCUAGCCCUUUUGCCAAGAGGAUCGAACUCGCCCUCAAAAUCAAAGGCAUCCCUUUUGAAUACGUUGAAGAAGAUCUCCAAAACAAAAGCCCAGAGCUUCUCAAAUUCAAUCCUGUUUACAAAAAAGUUCCUGUACUCGUCCACAAUGGAAGACCCAUUUGUGAAUCAUCUGUAAUUUUUGAGUAUAUAGAGGAAGUUUGGACCAACAGUGGCCCUUCCCUUCUACCUCAAGAUCCCUACAAACGAGCCCAAGUUCGAUUCUGGGCUGAUUUCGUUCAGAAACAGUUGUUUGAGGGCAUGUUUUUAUUGAUGAAGACGGAAGGGGAAGCACAAGAGAAAGGCAUUAAAGAAGUGAAGGAGAAGUUGAGAGUUCUUGAAGAACAGGGGUUGAAGAGUUUGUUGGGAGAGGAAAGUAGUCCAUUUGUGAAUGGGGAUGAACUUGGAUAUUUGGACAUAGUGAUGUUGACAGUGCUUGGAAUGUACAAGACUCAUGAAGAGUUUUCUGGGGUUAAAAUUGUGGAAGAAGAGAAGAUCCCAACUGUGUUCUCAUGGUUGAAUAGAUUGAUAGACCAUCCUAUUGCAAAGGAGGUAGGUCCUCCCAAAGAGAAGGUUUUGGGGUUUCUUCACUUCAUUAGGCAAAAGUUAUUACACUCUCAAGCUGCUGCUUAAUGAAUUAAAUACAACUUAAAUAAACCCAAGUUAAAUUUUGUCUCUAAUUUUAAUUGUAUUUGUAUUUCACCCUAUGGUUUUCAGUAAUAAGAUUUAGUAUGUUUUGAUUGUA